AUGGGUCUUAAGAGAAAGCCCCCAACUAGCCUGUUCGACCUCAUUGAGGGCCAGUCGGGGAAGGGUGUACAGGGAAGGCCGCAAUCCAAUGCUCCGUCUCCCCCGUCUCAACCUCAGCCCGUGCAGACUAGGUCUUCCUCUGCUAAGUCGCAGCCACAAUCUCCCCGUCCCAAACUUCCUGCUCCUCCCCAAUCAACUCUGCCUCCUCAACCGGAACCCACUGACUCAAAGAGAAAGAGGAGCCCCAAGGGUAAGGAACCCAUGGAUGGGGAAAAAUCCCAAUCCUCUCAGGAGAGGGAUGAGACCUCGCGAGCCCAAAAACAGCUAAAGAUUGGGCACCAAAGUAAGGGAAAAGGGACCGAGGCCCAAUCCGCCUAA